CAUCAUUUAGGAAAAAAAUCACAUAGAGAACACAUAAGACUUAGUCUUACAUCUGGAUUUGAUUCUAAUGGUAGCCAUCGGACCAUUUUCUUUGGCUCGAAAGUUGAACGAUAACCCUCCUUGGAAAUCUUUAUGUCUACUUCCUUCUCUGUCCUGGGAAAAUGAGUCCACGAUUAUUUUUCAGCAGCCCUACUUUGAAGAUACGAGGAGUUGUGGGUAAUUUUGUUUUCCAAGAUGGCGGCCGUUAGCGUGAGAAAUUUUCGUAACUUUUUCAGUGGAAAAAGAACUCUAGUCGUUCUCCGUACAGGUUUCAAAUCCAGUAUACCAUGUAUGGCUAUACUGAAUCGUCCAUAUUGUGAGAGCUCUUCUCAAAGUGUUCCUGACACUUUGAAAGAACGUUCUCCAACUAUCAAAAGAAGUCCGUUGUUCAGCGGUCAGAACAUCACGCCGAAAAGAUUCCAGCUAUCAUUUGAGGAGUUCCAGCAGCUGAGAAGAAAGCUACGCACCAAGCAGAAGCUAGCUGGUUUGCCGAUUGGUGUAACAUUUCUGUUAGCAUCGAGCACCAUCACUGCUUACAUGUUCCCAAAUAUCUUCGAUGCUACUCCGGAGCAGAUUGAACCGAUAUUAGGAAUGGAUCCAAUAAUUUUCUGUGGUCUGUGUGGUGUGGCCAGUGCUGGUGUUGGGUUUGCUGCUGGAACUGUGGCAUUUAAAUCAGUUUGGAAGUUGUUUAACAAGGACCUGGCACAAAAUAUGCAAGAGCGUGAAGCUGAUUUCUUGGAAAGAGUCACAGCCAGGAGAGCUUCAUCAAACAGUAAAUUUGAAGAUGAUUACUAUGGGGAAAGUAUUAAGAAUGUCAGUGACUACAGGCAGUGGCUUAGAGAGCAACAGAAAAAACAAAACAUCACGGAUAAAUAUGACAACAAGGAACAAUCUGAAGAACUUAAAACAGAAGCUGCUUGAAUGAGAACAGAAGAAUCAGGAAAGUUUUUUGAUAACUGAUGAAUAUCCCCACAAUCAAUGACAGAUGAAUUCCCAUACUGUCCUUUUAAGGGGAAUCUACAAGAAAGUCAGUAAGGUGUUCGGUUAAGUUCACCUUUAGAGGAAUUUGUAUGACAAGACAUGUAGAGCUCCAUUGUCUCAUCUGACAGACUUUGUUUGUGACAGUAUUUUAUCGCUUAAAAAAAAAAUGAAAAGCACAUGUUCAUUAAUGAGAAUAAUGUUUAGAACAGGACGGAGGAAUGACUGUAAAUGUUGACUUGUUUUUCAGAGCAUCUGUUAUCUUCUAAACGAAAGUAAGAUAAAUUACUUUAUCCAGUGUGUGCAAUAUAUGAUCCAAUGCUUGUUCCAGGGUCUGCAAUAUCGGAAGAAGACUGUUUGGGAACAAAAAUUGUGAUGACUGUUCCAUUGAUUACGGAAGUAUCGUCCGUUAGGGGAAUAUCCCGAAAAUAAACAAAGAACGAACAUAAAACGCGUAUUUCGAGAGAAACCAAAAAGACUAUUUUUUUUACAGUGGAACUCCGCCAACUAGAAGUACUGAGGGUAAACUU